AGUUGCGAUGAAUAAAGGCUGCGCACAAGCGUUGCAUGUGUGUGUGCGCGAAAAGGGUGCAGCUGAGUUUGGGAGCAGAGGAGUUGGAGGUAGGAAGAGUGGCCGAGAUCUGACCUGAGAAGGUCCCCGGAGAAAGCGGAGGAAGAUGACGCCCGGCGUCGGCAAUGGGGUAGCCCAGGAGCAGCGCCUCGAGCGGCAGAUCGACAGGCAGAUGGGGUGCAUGGCUGGGUUCCUCCAGAUAUUCGACCGCCACCACGUCCUCCCCGGAAGGCGCCACUACUCCACCCGCCGCCUCGCCACCUGCUCGACUGCCGGAUCGACGUCGCCGUCCGAGAGAUCGGAGGCUUCGUCCUCGUCGUUCUUGAAGGAGAGCCACCCGCCGCCGUCGUCGCCAGAGGCCUGCUCGGAGAACCGCGCCGCGGCGGAGACGCCGGGGCAGCGGACGCUUCCGCUGCCAUUCCCGGUCUUCGAGGCCAAGGACGGGGCGAGGACCACCUGGAGGCUCCGCGAAGGUCCAAGGCUCUCUCUCGACAGCCGCGCGGUGGUCGACGCAAAGGGCAAGCUCCGCCCCCGGGAGAUCCGGACGGCUGUUCCGGUCCCCUCCGGGGACCAGUCUGACGCUUCUGAGGCGGCGGACGAGCAGCGUCGUUCCCCAAGUGUCGUCGUGCGGCUAAUGGGGCUCGACGCCCUGCCCAGCGUCGGCGGCGUCUGUAGAACAGAGUUGGACCUGGCUGAACUCCGGCGAUCUGCCUCCGAGUCCCGGGUUCGGAGAGACCCGUCGUACUACGGGUUCAUGGACGCGGGCUCAUUCCACAAGAGGCCGCCAUUCCCAUGCGAGGCCGCCCCGAUCUCCACCAAGGAGUUCUUUAAGACGGUGAAUCUGGCCCAGUUCAGGCUCAAUGAGACAAAGAAGCUCGAGCCGACGCCAAGAACGAACUCUCUCCCGCCGCUCCACCGGAAAAGCUUCUUCGAUGCGGAGGACUUCUUCCCGGAGCCUAAGCAGUCAGGAACUCUCUAUAUCGAGAUCGAGAAGCGGCUAAGGAUGCGAGGAAUCGACGAACCGGCGAGGGAUUUGGACACUCUGAAACAAAUCCUGGAGGCGCUCCAUUUGAGGGGGCUUCUCCAUUCCAAACCCCGUGAUAGCAGCGCCACCGGCCAUCGAACUCUCAUCUACGAUUACCAGAGCCAGAUCCCCAGCGACGCCCCGAUCGUCAUCAUGAAGCCGGCUUCGAAGCCACCGCAGCGUCCGUGGAGCGAGCCGCUGCCGCCCAGACCCGGCUCCUGUCGCCAGAGUGCUCCGCCAGUCCGCCGCGAGCGGGGGACGGUCGAUCGGAGCAUCAAGGGAGGAAACGAGCGGAGGAAUCGAGCGCUUAGGUCGCCCGAGAGCCCGAGCUCGCCGGUGCAGAGGAGACAUUUAAAUGCGGUGGCCCAGAAGAGCGCGCAGCCCCAGCGGAGAAUGUCGACCGUCAGUUCUCCAAGGUCGAGUCCAAAGAGGACGGGACCGGAUCCGCUGGCCGUCCGAUCGCCGAGGAGCCGGAGGCCAACGGCGGAUGCGUCACCUAGGGAGAGGGUUUGCCCGCCGGCAGAGGACGACGCCACAACUAUCAUUUCUGGGAGUAGCAUCUGUGCCUCCCCUCAAUUAGACUUCGAGAGAUCGGGGCGAAGGUUAUUGGAGCGGUGCGACAAGCUACUACAUAGCAUUGCGGCGUUCACGGGGGCGGAGCAGGACACCGCGACGGACCAGCAGCCGAGCCCCGUGUCGGUGCUCGACUCGUUGUCCUACCUCGGCGAGGAGGUCUCACCUUCGCCUUCGCCCCUCGCCAAGCGCUCCAUCGACUUCAAAGAUCAAGUGGCGGACGACUGGGAAGAGGAGCAUUGGUCUUCCGCGGCGUCGACGAAUCAUGGGUGCGGAAUCGAUGGGCCCGACAUGGCGGACGAGGAUUACGCUUACGUAUGCGACGUCCUCCGCGCGUCCGACCGCUACGGCGAUGCCUCCGACGCCGUGUACGCGAUCCUGGAGAAGCGCCGAUGCCGCCGCCAGGCCCCCGACAAGUCCAAGACCGCUUGCCUCCACCACCGCCUCGUCUUCGACACCGUGGCCGAGAUCCUGGAACGCAAGCGCCACGUGUCGCCCUGGGACGCCUUCUCGCGCGCCGGGGGAGAGGAGGAAGCGCUGCCGAAGGUGUGGGCGGAGUUCCGACGCGUCCGGGUGCAGGAGGCCGCGGAUGACCACGAGGGGGCCGCGUGCGGGGCCGUGCGGAAGGACAUCGCCGCGGGGCGCGCCGACGGGUGGGCCCAGCCCGCCGCCGAGAUGUCCGACGCCGUCCUCCACAUCGAGCGGCUGAUCUUCAAGGACCUCGUUGCCGAGACCAUCCGCGACCUCGCCGACGCCGGCUGCGCGGCAGAGCGCCGCCCCCUUCUCCCCCGCCGCAAGCUCGUCUUCUGAAAGGGAAACGGAGGCAACAUGUUCGUGGCGAUGGAGAACAGGCGGUAAGGCUUGCGUGCUGUUAGUUCGAACGGUAGUUGUGAUGUAACGGUAGUUCGAACGGUGGUGGGAGGCCUCGAAAGGGAGAGGUGGCAGCACAUGUUGUUGCCCCUGUUGCGGGUGCAAAGCUGUACAAGUCCGCAGAUGCGGUGGGGCUACCACCGUGACGUCCUCCGCUCUGCCAUCAAAGAGCGAUGUCGCUGCUGCUCUUCCCGAGUUCGUUUGGACCCCGCCCCAACUUUAAUGAGAAUAAUUACCACAAACACGUCGUGUGCACCA